AUGAAAUAUACUGCCAUUUUGCUGUUUGCAGCAAGUGUGAUUGUUCAACAAGCUUGUGUUGGUGCAGUCGAAUUGGAGCCAACCUUUCAACAAAAGCAUGCUUCAAAGAAUAUUGCCUUUUUUGCUCCAUUUGGUGGUGCAUCCCAUAUGACCUGGAUGCUGAACAUUGGCAAUGAGCUCGGUAUGAGAGGCCAUAACUUUACUUUCCUCACGGUGGAUGAAUUCACUAGAUUGGGUAGAUCAAGUCCUUAUGUGAAUACAAUUAGUGUUGGUGAAGGGGUGGAUGUGAGUGACACGGCUCAAUAUACUAGAGAACUGAAGGGGACAACAAAAGAUACCGUCAAAUUUAUGGGCAAGGGAUUCGAAUACAUGUACGCCAAUUUUGAAAGAGACUUCGAGGCUGCAAAGAAGUUUUUUGAGAGCAACGAUAUUGAUCUGGCUAUUUGCGACCACUUUUCUGAUGCUUGCUACAGUGCGGCUGAUAUGUUGCGCAUUCCAUAUAUUGUUACAUCGACGCUUCCGAUAACAAAAGAUGGUGGAGCUACUUAUAUCAACAACAAGCUGACAACUAUGGUCGAUUUCACUACUGAAUUCCAGUCUUUUGCAACUCGUUUUACCAACAAAUUCUUUGUUCCCAUGAUGGAGUUGUAUUACAUUUUACCUCAUCUCAAUCAAUUGGCAGAGAGAAAACGUGCAUUGGGUAUCCCUGCCAAAAUACAAGAGCCAAGUGAAACGUGGAAGAACUCAUUAAAGCUGAUCAACUCACUGAAUGGCUUCUCUGCUCCAAGACCUCUGGGACCUCUCGUUGAGUACGUUGGCCCCAUCAUCCCUAAAACGUAUCAACCUUUAACUGAAGAUCUCAAAGAAUACCUGGAUGCCCAUGAGCGUGUGGCUUACGUUGCAUUUGGUCAAAUGGCAACGCCUGUUGAAAAGGACAUCCACCUCAUCUUGAGCGGCUUGCUAGAGAGCAUUGAGCAAGGAAGAUUGGAUGGGCUUCUUUGGGCAUCUGUUCAUGCCGCAGGCUUCUUUCCAGAUACCAUCACAACUUCUUCAAACACAACCUACAAUGUACAAGACAUGUUUAGUCAAAAGAGCCCUCAUGCUCGUGUGAUCAAAUGGGCGCCUCAAACUGCCGUGCUUCAGCACCCUUCCACUCAAUUGUUUGUCUCUCACGGCGGUCUCGGUUCUUGGUAUGAAUCCAUGUAUUCAGGUACGCGUAUGGUCAUGUUCCCCUUUUUUGGUGAUCAACCAGGAAAUGCCUUGUUGAUUGAACGUGGUAAAUUGGGUGGUAUUUUGAAGAACGAUUUCACUGUGCCUCAAGCUGUUGAAUUGUUCCGUCAAAUCUUGGAUGAUGAAGAUGGUGAAAUCACAAAGAACGUAAACAAGUAUCAGGCUUUGGUCCAGAUCCAUUCAAGACGUGGUGUUGCCAAAGGUGCAGAUUUGAUUGAAGAGGUUGCUUAUACGCACGAAAAUGGUCUUUUGAAGCAUCGUCAGAGCGCUGACCAACGUAUGAGCUACCUCAAAUCCCAUGAUUUAGACCUCUACGGUGGUCUGUUGAUUGUCGUUGGCCUUAGUCUGUGGGUCAUCACUACCAUAGUCAAGUAUAUUACGUUGCAUUUGAACAGCACGUCUGCAAAAGUAAAGAAAAAUUAG